AUGCCACCGACGAUAACAAUAACGUUCUCCAAAGAAGGUAAAAUUCAGUUUGAAUAGUAUAAUCGAAUAGGGAAUAUUAACAGCAUAUCGGGAGAUGCCAGUAAGUGGCGUGGCUGCAAGAAGAUUAUCAAUGGGAGGUAAUGGAAGCAAAAGUUCCGAUUCAAAGCCGAAAAAAAUUAUUAGGCGUGAGUUUCAUUUUUAUUUACAAUCUUCAUGAUUACAUAACGGUUUAGAAAGUCAGAAGCUUGAGGAUAGUCCUCCUGGACUCCUAAACGAAGAGACUCCGAGUUCAACCAAUCAAAAAAGAGCCAAGAGCUCUCUUUUGCGUUCCACCAAUAAAAGAAACUCUGAAACAGUUUUGAGUGAGAUAUUAGAAAAGUUGAUCUGGAAAUCGAAUAAAUCUAGAACGACUCGAGGCGGAUGAGAAUCUAGUUCAAUCAGGAGCCGAAGAUGAGAGUGAAGAUCUUGAUAGGUCCUCAUACUCUGUUCAUCCGAGCAGUUCGACCAGGUGUGCGAACUGAGAUUGAUUGUAUGAAUUUUCUCGUUUCAGGAGGUUACCAAGCAUUUCGGAAGAGGAGAAUACGGGUAAGAAGUCCGAAAAGGAAACUAAAUUGACGAAAAAGCAAUAUUUUGUCAAAAACGGUAUUUUGAUGAUCGUUGAUCGAUUUAAAUUGUUUUAAAUUAAGCUGACGGAAAACCGACAGAAAAGUAUGAUCGGGAGUAUUUCUUGAAAAUGAGAUACGAAGAAGAUGUCGACGACGGGAGUGGAGACGAAGGCCCCAAUUCGGUCAUCACAGUCACUGAUCGGUAGCCAAAUUUCUUUUUUUUUUUCUUUUAAAUUUUCAAUUUUGCUGCAGUUGGCGAGCAGAGUGGGAGUAUGGAGUGCAAAUAUUGCUCAAUCCGGAAGACCUUCCGGUAUUCUCAACAAAACAUAUGGAAGGUCCUACGCUGAAAGAAAAGUCAACUUUUUCCUUGUUAGUUUUUUUCUAUUUGCCUAUUUUUUUCCAACUUUUUUCUUACUACCACUCAGUAUGAAAAAAUUUUCAGACCUUCGAAAUAUGUUUCAACGGAAAACACUUGCGAAAGUGACAAGAAAAAACUUUUGCCUCGUCCUUCCGUUCGUUUAUAUCAGGGUGACGAACUAGACUGUAUUUGGCUCAGAAAGUUCAACGAGGUGAGCCCAAUUCUUAUUGUAUUGCGUUUUGAGUCCAAUUCUCGGGAUUUCUCCUCAUCAGAAGCAUUUUAAGGCUCGCGAGGCAAAAGGACGAUCUUUGCUGGUGAGCACAGUUUUCAUGGAUAUGAUGAACGCUCUGGAAAUCACUGCCUAUAAGGUUUUGAAAAAAAAAUCUGAAUUUUUCAAAUCAUAAAUUUCUCAGAACAUUCACGAAAUGCUCUUGCGGCCUCUGCACUCUCCCGCCUCGCGGGAUACGAAUUUAGUGGAUGACGAGGCCUCCUGUGACAUUUGCAGAUAUGUGAGUAUACAUAUAUCUAAAAUUUAUCGAUUCACUUAGUCGAUUUUUUUCAGCUUGUAUGGAAAAAUGUGAGGAAAAUAUAUGUUUCAGCGAACAAUAAGAGAAACAUAAGUUUAUUAUUAUCUAGAACAUGAUUUCAAUUUGAAACUUUAUUCAGUCUUCAGAGAAGGUACUCUGCUGAAUCAUGGAAUAAUUGAAGAGUUGUUCGUCGGUUUGCGAAACUGUCGCUGAUCAAACGUAGACGGCGCGUAGAGCAUCUCGCCUCUCUUGUGCUAGUAGUAGGCGAUUUUAGAACGUGUCCGACGAUCACUGCUUCUCCAUGUAGGAACAGUACGGCGCCCAGCUUGUCCAGGGCUGACGGGCGUCGGAUUGAAUCUCGGACGAGAGCGGAAAUGAAGACCGACCACUCGGGUGGUAGAAAUGAGAUUUCAAUUUUUUCGGGUGGUAGAAAUGAGAUUUCAAUUUAGUUUAAUAUAAAUUUUUCAUUGAAGAGUAAGUAGAGAAAAUUUUCUUCAAUGAAGUAGUUGCGAAAUUUGAGCUUUUCUGCAGUUUCAAUUUGAAAAAUCCAACGAAAUGCAAAAAAAAAUAAUUGGAUGUGAGGCACAUUAGGAGUAUACCACUAUAUUAUGACGGAGUAAUUGCGCGAAAUGUAAAAAUAUUUGUGGCUCUCCAAAGUUUAGUUAUCUGUUUUACUUUCUGGUGAAUAUUUUGGAUUUCGCGGAACUACUUUGAAUAAGGCAUGAACGCGGAAAAAUUUAAGGUUUUUUUAUUUGAAAAAAAAAAAGAAAUUGAGCGGAAGUUGCAUUUGAGCUUGGAUUUUUCAAUAAGAAUUGAUUCAUUCAGUAGAAUGCGUUCAGAGAGACAGCGAACCGGACGAUGAGAUGGUUUUCUGCGACGGCUGCAACGUCUGUGUUCACAUGUCGUGUUACGGAUUGGAAGACUUGCCGCAAGACGAAUGGCUCUGCAUGAAAUGCCAGAUUUGCAAAGGUUUUUUUUUCGAUUCGAUUUCCAAUCAAUUUUUGUUCAGACGUGAAUCCUCCUUGCGUUCUUUGCCCCACGAUUGGAGGCGCCUUGAAACGCACAAAAAGCGGCAACCGGUGGGCCCACGUUGUAUGCGCUUUGUGGCUUCCGGAAUGCAGGUUCUCUUUUCAAAUUUUGAAAUUUUUUAUUGAGUUCUUUCAGAUUCGAGAAUUUCGAAAAACGUGAGCCUAUCACCAACAUUGAAGAAAUCGCUGACGAGAGAUGGCAGUUGAAGUGAGCUUCUUCUUUGUUGGUUUGACUGAUUUCUUGGAAUUGAGAUGCUCGAUAUGUGAUACGAGACAGGGGGCCUGUAUCCAAUGCACGGAGAAAUCUUGCAAUACUGCAUUUCACGUUAGCUGUGCGCUCCGCAGUGGAAACGAAAUGAGAAUAGAACAGGUUAUAAACUGAAAAUUUCCUUUUUUUUUGCAAUUUGUUUUCAGUAUCCGGAUCCGGAAAAUGAUGGCGUUCAAAUGAUAGCGCUGUGCAACAAACACGAUCCCAAGAAAAAAGAAGAGAGUGUGAGUUUUUGAAACAUUUACACAGAAAAAAAUGUUAACUUAUUUGGUAGUUCAAGUUUAUUAAUUUUGGGACACUUCUUUUUCAAAUCGAUCACACGAAAAGUCCGAGUUUUAGCAAUAAUAAAUAGAAAAUAUCUAUUCUAUCUAUUUUUUCUUUGUGUUUGUGGAGCUCGCUGGCUCAAAAAAAUGAAUUGCAACUAACUUUUAUGUGGCUUUUUUGAAUGCUCAUUUCAUUUUUCUGUUUCAGCUUUUGCCGCAGGCUGAGAACGACGAAAGAGAAAGUUCGGACCUCCGUAGACUCGAAUCUUUCUUCUAUUUGUACGUGGAUGGGGAGAAAGUCAGCGAUAGGUCUGUUAUAAGCGAAGAAAAAAAUCACAGUAGAAUUAUGUUUAGCAUCAAUUUGAAUCGCGCAAUCGGUGCCGAAGUGUACGAAUACUGGAAACAGAAGCGUCUGAGGAAGGGAGGAAGGCCUCUUCUCGAAAAUCCACAGGACAACAUUGUGGUUGGCUGCUCCAUCCUUUCCUUUCCAACAGUUUUUUUUCAGAUUGAUCCAGGAUCUGUGACUUUGGAGCUACCAAAUGCAAACUUCACAACGAAGACGUGCCCUCUGAACAGGCGAUCUGAAAGCUUCAAUUCGGAAUUCCACGUGAAUAAGUGGCGUGCGAAAAUUCUAAGGAGCAAUCUUGACAAGGUAAUUUCAAAAAAAAAAAAAUCGAAAAUGAACAUAAUUUUCUUGUGUAAAGUGGUUUAAGAAAUUGAAUUUAGAAAAAUAGGAGAUAAAAAUUGUGGACAGACAGCCUGAAAGGAAAAUUGAAUUUUUACCAUAUCUUUUGUUCUAAAUUUCCCCAACGUAACUACUUCGUGCAUCGUUUCAUGUCUGUUCGAGAACAAUGUUAAUCUCAGGAUCGCAACAUCAUAACGCAGCUGGUGCGACGCGAGCGGAUGAAACAACAGCUGCAGAAAACGGAACGCGACGCCAUCGAACUUCUUCUUCAGAUGACGAACAGCUCCGCCGUCGUCAGCCAACGCGCCGUUGAAGGAUUCACUGAAACAAUCGAGGUGCACUUUCUACCAUAAUUGAAUAGCCAAAAGUAGAAAAAAAAAUGUCGUUUGAAACUCUAGCACAAUGAAAUUUUAGGGUUUUGAUUUUUCUGAAAUAAGAAUUUAAAAGGGAAAAACGAAAAAAAUUCCAGUUAAAAUCAUAUUCAUUUUAGUAUAUCGAAAAAUUGGUAAUGUGAAUUUUUCAGAAGUUCCUGACAGAGGAAGAAAAAUCUGAAGCUCUGCGUCUUUUUCCCGCUCCAAGCCCAAAAGAUUCUCUCGUGACAAAUCGUGCAAACAGGUAGAUUACUCAUUGCUAUCCUAAAAAUAAAAAUGAGUUACUUUCAAGAGCCCGAUCUUCUCUCCAAUCUGCAAUUUUUUCAACGCCGGUGAGAAAACCCACUAAGCGAAGGAAUACAUCAAAGUUAGUUUUUUUUUUCACAGUGGGAUUUUCGUAGAAUUUCCUCAAAGUUUUCGAAAUUUCAUGGACUUUCAGUUUUGGCGAACCUCCUGCCCCAAAGCGGAGGCUGACUUUGACGCCGUCGUCCAAGUCGCCCCAAAGAAAAAGGCCUUCUGUGCAAUCUCGGCGGUCUUUGAGGUCUAAUAUUUGA